AAAAGACCAUCAGAACAUGUACGAGAAAGAGUGUCUCGUGCCACAUGGAUACCACAUGUGGAAGCUCAGUCAUGCACUGUCCAUUGGUACAAGCAUGCAGGGUGGAGGCAUAAGUUGCCAAAUAUUGCCAUGGGUAGAUUCACCGAAAGGCUCCAAGACUAUCGCGAAGGUUCCUUAUACCCAUUUGAACCCUCUAAGAUGACUAAUACCAGCUGGAUUAUGAGGAUUACGUUCGUCACUUUAGCUCUACUAGGCACCACUCGGGGAGCAUUUCCUCACCUAUCAGCUACUCCUGCUCUGGAAUCAUCAGAGCUUCCUAAGCGGCGGCGGCCUGAUUCGAUAUUCGAGGCACCAUUUCCUACGGAGGACGAACCUGUUCGAGACGACGAAGAACAUCGACCCAAGAAGCCUAGAUUGCAAUGUGAAUCUUCAUCUGCAUCGGCCUCCGGUGCCGGCGGAGAAGUGGGCGAAAUGAUACAUUCCAGCUUUCAUCCACGAGAAGAAUGCUUACAACACUACGCUUGGAUUACCGCACUGCAGUACCCCAUGGGGUCUAAGACCUUGCCCAACGUACUAGAAGAUUCGUUUAAAUUCGCAUUAGGUCCAGGUAACCCAAUUCGAAAUCUGAGAGAUGUCAUACAACACUAUUUUCCUGGAGAAAACAAUAUUCUUCAAAAACUAUCGAAAAUCUGUGCGAUCAAUGAACCGUAUAUUUACAAUAGGCUAACGCUCUGGCUCAAGAGUGUUUGCGCCCUAAAUCUGGCAUUUACCACGGCUUUUAUAGAGAUAAAGGACAAGAACGACUUUUCACGAGAACUAGGACGGAUCUUUCAAUGGUUUGCUGAAUUAUUACAUUAUUCUAGUAAUCUUCCAGUUUUAGAAAUGAAAGAAGACUCCAACCCCAAGCCAUUCCCAGCUUUGUGCAACAAGUUACUUAUUUAUUUGUCAAAUGAAGAAAGAGAUCAGCAAGGCCUUCACGCGAAAUUUUCCGACCAAACGUUUUGGAAGGUCAAGACAUAUGCCUCCGCUAUCACUCAUAAUAUCUCGCAUUCGGAAGCACUGAAGACUCAGUUGACGAUUCACUUUUUGGGAAAUUAUUAUAAAUCAUCUAACGAGGAAAAAUGGAAUUACAUUUUUGAAAGUGAUGAAUCUUUCGUCAAGUUGUUCAGCUUAAUGAGGUAUUGGGAACCUCGGGGUAAGCUCCAGACACUUCAAUCUUUUAGCGAAUCAGAUUUUCUAACGCAUUCUCUAUUUCUGCCCCUCAUGCGCCAUACGGUUUUCCUUACCUGA